CACUCUCUGCCCGUAAGCGCUUGGAGCGCAGCCAGUGGACAGACAAGAUCGAUGUGCAGUUUGGGUUUGAGAGGAUGAAGGAACCUGCAGAAAGGACCGGCUGGUUGAUCAACAUGCACCCUACGGAGAUUUUGGAUGAGGAUAAACGCUUGGUCAGUGCAGUGGAUUAUUAUUUCAUUCAGGAGGAUGGAAGUAGGUUUAAGGUGGCAUUGCCAUACAAGCCGUAUUUCUACAUUGCAACCCAAAAGGGUUGUGACCGAGAAGUGUCGUCAUUUCUUUCCAAGAAGUUCCAGGGCAAAAUAGCAAAACUGGACACUGUACCCAAAGAGGACCUAGACCUGCCAAAUCACCUGGUAGGCCUGAAACGAAAUUACAUCAAGCUCUCCUUCAACACAGUGGAUGACCUGAUAAAGGUGCGCAGGGAGAUCACACCUGCUGUAAAGAAGAACAGGGCACGGGACCAGUCUGUGGACACUUACACCACCAUGCUAGCCAGUGCUCUUGCUGGCAGUGGCCUGUCCGGUAAGCAGGAGGAGCCCUCCAAGAAGACUGCAGACCAGAUGGACAACAUAGUGGACAUGCGGGAAUAUGAUGUGCCCUACCAUAUCCGUCUGUCCAUUGAUCUGAAGAUCCACGUGGCUCACUGGUACAACGUUCGCUACCGGGGCAGCAGCUUUCCUCCUGAAAUCACCCGCCGAGAUGACCUGGUAGAACGGCCAGAUCCUGUCGUUCUGGCCUUUGACAUUGAGACUACGAAACUCCCUUUAAAAUUUCCAGAUGCAGAAACGGACCAGAUCAUGAUGAUCUCCUACAUGAUUGAUGGCCAGGGUUACUUGAUCACAAACCGGGAGAUUGUUUCAGAAGACAUUGAAGAUUUUGAGUUUACUCCCAAACCAGAGUAUGAAGGUCCCUUCUGUGUCUUUAAUGAACCAGAUGAGGCCCAUCUUAUCCAGCGGUGGUUUGAACAUGUUCAGGAAACCAAGCCAACUAUCAUGGUGACUUACAACGGAGACUUCUUUGACUGGCCCUUUGUGGAAACCAGAGCCGCAGCUCACGGGAUGAAUAUGCAGCAGGAGAUUGGGUUCCAAAAGGACAGCCAGGGUGAAUACAAAGCUUCUCAGUGUAUCCACAUGGAUUGCCUCAGGUGGGUCAAGAGAGACAGCUACCUCCCGGUGGGAAGCCACAACUUGAAAGCAGCAGCCAAAGCAAAGCUGGGCUACGACCCCGUGGAGUUGGACCCUGAAGAGAUGUGCCGGAUGGCUACUGAAGAGCCUCAAACUCUGGCCACCUACUCGGUGUCCGAUGCUGUUGCUACCUACUACAUGUACAUGAAGUACGUGCACCCUUUCAUCUUUGCCUUGUGCACCAUCAUCCCAAUGGAGCCUGACGAGGUGCUCCGGAAGGGCUCAGGGACUCUGUGUGAGGCGCUGCUCAUGGUCCAGGCCUAUCACGCCAACAUCGUCUUCCCCAACAAGCAAGAGGAGGAGUUCAACAAGCUGACUGAGGAUGGGCACGUGCUUGACUCGGAGACGUACGUGGGGGGCCAUGUGGAGGCACUGGAGUCUGGGGUCUUUCGAAGUGACAUCCCCUGCCGGUUUAAGAUGAAUCCUGCUGCCUUUGACUUCCUUCUGCAGCGUGUGGAGAAGACCUUGCGCCAUGCCAUUGAGGAAGAAGAGGGGAUACCCUUAGACCAAGUGACCAACUUCCAGGAGGUUUGUGAUGAAAUCAAAGUUAAACUGAAUUCCCUGAAGGACGUUCCCAACAGGAUUGAGUGUCCUCUUAUCUACCAUCUGGAUGUGGGGGCCAUGUAUCCGAAUAUCAUCCUGACCAACAGGCUGCAGCCCUCGGCGAUGGUGGACGAAGCUACGUGCGCCGCCUGUGACUUCAACAAGCCAGGUGCUAAUUGUCAGCGGAGGAUGACUUGGCAGUGGAGGGGAGAAUUCAUGCCUGCAAGCCGCAGCGAGUACCACCGCAUCCAACAACAGCUGGAGUCGGAGAAGUUCCCCUCUCUCUUCCCAGAUGGGCCUCCCCGGGCGUUCCAUGUGCUGUCCCGAGAGGAGCAAGCUAAAUAUGAGAAGAAGCGCUUGGCAGAUUACUGCCGCAAGGCCUACAAGAAGAUCCACGUGACCAAAGUGGAGGAGCGCAUCACUACCAUCUGCCAGCGGGAAAACUCCUUCUACGUGGACACGGUGCGGGCCUUUCGGGACCGGCGCUAUGAGUUCAAGGGACUGCAUAAGGUGUGGAAGAAGAAGCUGGCGGCCGCCAUGGAGAUGGGCGAUGCCUCGGAAGCGAAGCGCUGCAAGAACAUGGAGAUCUUGUACGACUCCCUGCAGCUGGCACACAAGUGCAUCCUCAACUCCUUUUAUGGAUAUGUCAUGCGCAAAGGAGCCCGGUGGUACUCCAUGGAAAUGGCUGGCAUCGUCUGCUUUACGGGCGCUCACAUCAUCACACAGGCCAGGGAGCUAAUAGAGCAGAUUGGGAGGCCCUUGGAGCUAGACACAGACGGGAUAUGGUGUGUCCUUCCAAACAGUUUCCCGGAAAACUUUGUCAUCAAGUCGACCAAUGGCAAGAAACCCAAAGUGACAAUCUCCUAUCCAGGUGCCAUGCUGAACAUCAUGGUGAAGGCUGCCAAUAUGCCUGACUCAGAGCUGUUUGAGCUGAUCUCUGAGAACCGAUCCAUGUCCCGGAAACUGGAGGAUUACGGGGAGCAAAAAUCCACUUCCAUCAGCACAGCCAAGCGUCUGGCUGAGUUCCUCGGGGAUCAGAUGGUGAAGGAUGCAGGCCUGAGCUGCCGAUUUAUCAUCUCUAAGAAACCAGAAGGGUCUCCAGUCACGGAGAGGGCCAUCCCGCUAGCCAUUUUUCAGGCUGAGCUCUCAGUACGCAGGCACUAUCUCCGGAAAUGGCUCAAGAGCCCCUCCCUGCAGGAUUUCGACAUCCGAACGAUCCUGGAUUGGGACUAUUACAUUGAGAGACUGGGCAGCACAAUCCAGAAGAUUAUUACCAUCCCAGCAGCUCUACAGCAGGUGAAGAACCCAGUUCCUCGCGUCCGCCACCCUGACUGGCUGCACAAGAAACUCUUGGAGAAGAAUGAUGUGUACAAACAGAAAAAAAUCAGCGAGCUUUUCACAAGCGAGGGCAAGAGACAGGUCUCUGCCAACCUACCUCAGGAGGGCACCCCGUGCACACAAGUCGCCGACCUGGAGGACUUUGGGGUCACCAAGCGUUUGCAGCCAGGAGUGCCUGUGUCAUGCAAGCGCAAGCGGAUCCCCACGGCAGAGGAGAGCCAGCAGCAGUCCCAGAAUCUGGAGCUCACCCAGUCCUGGCGGGAGAUUCUGGGCCCACCGCCACCCACCGGCGCCACCAAGGAGGAGCGCCUGGUCUGGCUGUGCUACCACAAGAAGAAGUGGGAGCUGCAGGCCCGUCAGCGCCAGGAGCGCCGGAAGAGACGGCGGUUGGCCGAUGGCGAGGUGGUCCUGGGCGGGGGGCUGAUCCGGGCUGGGACCUCCAAGGGGCUCAGCAGCUACUUGCGCAGGACAGCACGCAGCAUCCUCGACAUGCCCUGGCAGAUAGUCCAGAUCGCUGAGACCAGCCAGGAAGGCCUCUUCAAGCUGUGGGCUGUGAUUGGGAGCGACCUGCAUUGCCUCAAACUGAACAUCCCACGAGUCUUCUAUGUCAACCAGCGGGUUCCUAAACCAGAAGAGAGCACUGUCUAUAGGAAGGUGAACAGAAUUCUUCCUCGCUCCAACUUGGUUUGCAACCUGUACGAGUACGCUGUGCCCGAGGAUAUGUAUCAAGAGCACAUCAACGAGAUCAACGCCAGUCUCUCUGCCCCAGACAUCGAGGGGGUGUAUGAGACCCAGGUGCCAUUGCUCCUGCGGGCCUUGAUCCGCCUGGGCUGUGUGUGCAUGGUCAACAAGCAUUUGGUGAGGCAUCUCACUGGCCGAGAGGCUGAGACCUUUGACCUGGAACAUCUCGAGAUGCGUUCUCUGGCCCAGUUCAGCUACCUGGAGCCAGGGAGCAUCCGGCACAUCUACCUGUAUCAUCACUCCCAAGGCAACAAGGCCCUGUUCGGCCUUUUCAUCCCUUCUCAGCGCAAAGCCUCUGUCUUCGUGCUCGACACAGUACGGAGCAACCAGAUGCCAAACCUCACCAACAUGUACUCAUCGGAGCGCAAUGCCGUGAUGGAGAAGGUGGGCCAGGAGCUGCUUCCACCGGAUAAGCACACCUUUGAGGUGCGAGCGGAGACGGACUGCAAGGCUGUCUACAGGGCGAUCCGGCGCCUCCUGCUGGCUUACAAGGACGAGCGCAGGGGCCCCACCCUCAUCGCCGUGCAGUCCAAUUGGGACUCGAAGAGGUUGGUGAACGGCAUGCCGGUCCUGGAGGAGUUCCCGGUGGUUCCUGUCCAGGUCGCCGAGGACAUCAACUACGGCGUCUUGGACUGGCAACGCCACGCCGCCCGGCACAUGAUCCGGCACUACCUCACCUUGGACACAUGCCUCUCUCAGGCCUUUGACAUGAGCAGGUAUUUCCACAUCCCUAUUGGGAACCUCCCCGAUGAUGUCUCCACCUUUGGCACUGACCUGUUCUUCUCCCGCCAUCUCCACCGCCACAAUCACCUCCUGUGGAUCUCUCCGACCUCCCGCCCAGACCUGGGGGGCAAGGAGGCAGAUGACAGCCGCCUCGUCAUGGAGUUUGACGAGAGGGCCUCCGUUGAGAUCAAUCACCCAGGCUGCUAUUCCACAGUCUGCGUGGAACUGGACCUCCAGAGCCUUGCUGUGAACACCAUCUUGCAGUCCCAUCACGUCAACGACAUGGAGGGGGCCUCCAGCAUGUGCAUCAGCUUUGACGUGAUCCCGCAGGCCUCCCUGCAGGACAUGGUGACUGGGAACCAGGCGGCCAGCGCCCCGGCCAGCUACGACGAGGCAGCCCUUUGCUCCAACACGUUCAGGAUCUUGAAGAGUGUGGUAGUAGGCUGGGUGAAGGAGAUCACACAGUACCACAACGUCUACGCCGACAACCAGGUGAUCCAUUUCUACCGCUGGCUGCGCUCUCCGGCCUCCCUGCUCUAUGAUCCUGCGCUGCACCGCAUGCUGCACCACAUGAUGAAGAAGCUCUUCCUGCAGUUGGUGGCGGAAUUCAAGCGCCUCGGCUCCUCGGUGGUUUACGCCAACUUCAACCGCAUCAUCCUGUGCACCAAGAAACGCCGCAUUGAGGACGCCCUCGCCUAUGUGGAGUACAUCACCAACAGCAUUCAUUCAAAAGAAAUCUUCCACUCUUUGACCAUUUCCUUCUCACGCUGCUGGGAGUUCUUGCUCUGGAUGGACCCAGCCAAUUACGGUGGGAUCAAGGGCAAAGUGCCAUCCCAGGUCCACUACGGGCAGAAGACAAGCAGUCAACAGGCAGGAGAUGUAGAAGACAGUGAAGGGGAGGAGGAGGAGGAGGACAAGGAAGAAGGGGCAGGAGAAGACGGAGUAGCGGAGCUGCUGGAGAACAACUGGAACGUCAUGCAAUACCUGCCCCAGGCAGCCUCCUGUCAGAAUUACUUCCUCAUGAUUGUGUCUGCCUACAUCGUUGCUGUGUACCAUAGCAUGAAGGAGGAAAUGCAACGUAACGGCCCUGGGAGCACCCCUGUCAAGAGGCGAGCGAGCAGCCAGGUUUCCCAGGAGGCUGUGGGAGAGACAGGUGCCAUGCCUGGCAUGAUCACCUUCUCUCAAGAGUAUGUCUCCAAUGAGCUCACCCAGAGCUUCUUCACCAUCACCCAGAAGAUCCAAAAGAAGGUGAGCGGUACUCGACGCACCACGGAGCCCUCGGAGAUGUUCCCAGCCCUGCCCGGCUCCUACCUGAUGCUCAACAAUCCAGCACUGGAGUUUGUUAAAUACGUCUGCAAGGUAUUGUCUCUGGACACCAACAUCACCAACCAGGUGAGCAAGCUGAAGCGGGACCUUCUUCGCCUCAUUGAAGUGGGGGAAUUCUCCGAGGAGGCCCAGUUCCAGGACCCGUGUCGCUCCUACAUCCUCCCAGAGGUGAUCUGCAAGAACUGCAACUUCUGCAGAGAUUUGGACCUCUGCAAGGACCCAGUCCUCUCUCAGGACGGCUCUGUGCUGCCUAACUGGGCAUGCUCCAACUGCCAAGCCCAAUAUGACUGUGAUGCCAUUGAGAUGGCCCUGGUGGAAGCCCUGCAGAAGAAGCUGAUGGCCUUCACCCUUCAAGACCUGGUGUGCCUGAAGUGCAAAGGCAUCAAGGAUACCCACAUGCCCGUCUACUGCAGCUGCGCCGGAGACUUUGACCUCCUGUUGCCCACCAAGACCUUCCUGGAGCAUCUGAAGGUCUUCCAGAGCAUCGCCCGCCACUACCACAUGUCCCACCUGCUGGAGAACAUUACCUGGCUGCUUCAGAUGAACCCUCGGCUUCUCUUGUGAGAACCCCCUGGCACUGCCGGGCGAGGCUCCCGCUGCAGCAGACCAGGCACGGCAGGCGGCAGCUUCCCCCCGGUUCACAGCCUUAUGGAGUCUCGGGACCUGAGCUGCGGGGUUUGGCUUUGCCCUGGGACAAAAACGUUUGGAGACCUGAGGUUGGCUCCAUGCUGCAGGGCAGCACGAGGAGCAGGUCCCGAUACCUCCAGUGAAGGCCUUACGUGGGCCCAGCAUCAGACUGACCCCACGUCUCCAGAAACCAGCCGGUGGAGAUGUGUGACCACACAGCCCUGCUGCUUCUUGCCCCUUUUUUCCCUGGGCUGUGGGAGCAAAAUAUGACAAAAGACUGGGGUUAUGGGGCUAUUUUUGCCCAAAUUUUAAUCUGUUCUUGAUUUGGAUUUUUUCUU